UCAGCUGUGUUAGAAAAGAAGCAGUUCUACAGAGUGACCAUGUUGUCCUAGAAAGAGCACUCUCUGAAACAGAGAAGCAAAAAUUUAAUGAGAAAAAGGAAGAGCUCAGUAGUAGGUACAGUGAUAAAUACCAGGAAUUCCAUGGCUUUAACAUAAUACAAACUAAUUUCUCUCAAGCCUACGUCAGACAAGCAUGCAUGGUAUUCUCCGAAGUUCGAAGAGCAAACAGACCAUUGAAGAAUCAGCUUGCUGCCUUCUUAUCCCUGCUGAGUGCCUAUGUACCAGAUUCAUAUCUCCUGGAGUCUCAGUGCCUGGAUUUCUUCAAACAUGAUGACUCCAUCCAUGGACACCUUUCUCUGGAGGACAGAAUGCAGCCCUUCAGUCAUCUAAUCAUCACCUACCAACAAGAUAAAACAUCUGAGAGAAGAGUCCGCAUGGCUCACCCUAUGAUAGCACAGUGUUGUACUGAACUGAUGGCUGAGGCAGGUGUGACCAGAAGUGACACAGCAAGAAACCUCUUGACCCGUUUUUGCAGGGCUGAGUUUCCUCCAUAUUUGCUUGGUUUUGUCAAAUACAUGUUGACCAAAAGAGAAAUGAAAACAGAGGAGAAUCCAAUCGAUAACACAGAGAUUAAAGAGGACAGAGAAAGGUUUUCUAGACUGAUUCUAGAUAUUCAAGACACAGAGGACAGUGUUGAGAGUGCAUCAGUUUUAAAGUUGGCAUCAAAUAAAUUUGAGCAAAAUCCAUUUUUUCCUCAAGCACUUGCUCGUGUUUAUUACCUAGAACUGAAAGACUACAGUAAGGCUGAAAUAUGGGCAAAAAAAGCAAAAGAAAGAGAUUCCCACAAUUCACAUAUUGCUGAUACACUGGGCCAAGUCCAUAAGAACCAUCUGAAGAGCAAAAAAGAGUCUUCUGACAAUCAAACAGAAAUUUUGCAACUUGCGAAAAAGGCUAUUGAAGCUUUUAAAGAUGAAGAACGGCUUGCUGAAAAUGACAUCGAAGGUGGGACAAAAGUCAGGACCAAAGUCUCACGUGUUUUUAACACCAGAGGGCAGCUUGGUUACCUGCAGGUACCUUCACCACUGUUUUUCAUUGGAAAAGGUCGAGGUCUGAGCAGAAUUGUUCACAGAGAAGUCCUGGAGAGAUUAUUUCUUGGGCAAAACAAGGGAGCAAAACGAGAUUUGAGCAACUGGAACCAUGAGAAGAUUUUCCUAAAUCCCAUGGUUCAAGAGCACCUUCUCAGAGUUGAAGGGGUGGUACGAAACUACAGCGUAUUUGCAGCUAUUGGAGACAAUGAGAUUGAGGUGGAUGCGAACCUGAGAAACAGCCUCUGGAGGCCACGCCAAGUUUCCUUUUAUCUUGGAUUUACCAUCAGAGGUCCUGUGGCCUUUGGCAUCCGGACCAAAACUGCAGAAAAGGGGCCCUCUGGAAGGUUGAAGCUUGGACCUUGGGGCAGAGAAACAGACUCCAGUGAUUGGACUACUGUGAAACCAGAGGUCAACGGGCUGCAUGAGGUUCAUACCUAUAGGUAA